ACCCUGGCCAGCCUAGCACUCUGACCUAGAAGUCAACAUGAAGGCUGUCAUUAUUCUGGGGCUUGUCCUCCUUUCUGUUACGGUCCAGGGCAAGGUCUUUGAAAGGUGUGAGUUGGCCAGAACUCUGAAAAGAUUGGGAAUGGAUGGCUACAGGGGAAUCAGCCUAGCAAACUGGAUGUGUUUGGCCAAAUGGGAGAGCGGUUAUAACACACGAGCUACAAACUACAAUCCUGGAGACAGAAGCACUGAUUAUGGGAUAUUUCAGAUCAAUAGCCGCUACUGGUGUAAUGAUGGCAAAACCCCAGGAGCAGUUAAUGCCUGUCAUUUAUCCUGCAAUGCUUUGCUGCAAGAUAACAUCGCUGAUGCUGUAGCUUGUGCAAAGAGGGUUGUCCGCGAUCCACAAGGCAUUAGAGCAUGGGUGGCAUGGAGAAAUCGUUGUCAAAACAGAGAUCUCCGUCAGUAUAUUCAAGGUUGUGGAGUAUAACUCCAGAAUUUUCCUUUUUCAGCUCAUUUUGUCUCUUUCUCACAUUAAGGGAGUAGUAAUUAAGGGAAAGGUCACACUACCAUUAUUUCCUCUUCAAACAAAUUAUAUUUUUACAGAAGCAGGAGCAAAAUAUGGCCUUUCUUCUAAGAGACAUAACAUUCACUAAUGUGGUUAUUUUAUAUUAAGCCUACAACAUUUUUCAGUUUGCAAAUAGAACUAAUACUGGUGAAAAUUUAUCUAAAACCUUGGUUAUCAAAUACAUCUCCAGUACAUUCAGUUCUUAUCAAAGAAAUAACCCAGACUUAAUCUUGAAUGAUACGAUUAUGCCCAAUAUAAGUAAAAAAUAUAACAAAAGGUUAUCUUAAAUUGAUCUUAGGCAAAAUACCAGCUGAUGAAGGCAUCUGAUGCCUUCAUCUGUUCAGUCAUCUCCAAAAACAGUAAAAAUAACCCCUUUUUGUUGGGCAAUAUGAAAUUUUUAAAGGAGUAGAAUACCAAAUGAUAGAAACAGACUGCCUGAGUUGAGAAUUUUGAUUUCUUAAAGUGUGUUUCUUUCUAAAUUGCUGUUCCUUAAUUUGAUUAAUUUAAUUCAUGUAUUAUAAUUAAAUCUGAGGCAGAUGAGCUUACAAGUAUUGAAAUAAUUACUAAUUAAUCACAAAUGUGAAGUUAUGCAUGAUGUAAAAAAUACAAACAUUCUAAUUAAAGGCUUUGCAACACAU